AUUUCUUACCCAUACCCUCCCUUGACUUCAGUCUUCUUCUCUCUCGACUAAGCCAACACAAUCUGCUCUUCCCCUUCCUUUGGUUAAUUAACUCUCCCUGCAAGGUCUCAUCUUAAAAUACAUACAAUCCUCUUUCACCAAACUUUUGUUUCAGCUAAAACAUCCAACUCAUCCAAUACCUUUAUCAUAUCCGUCCUUAUUUUCAUUCAUCCCCAAAGUCAUAUAGUUAAUGGCAUCAAACUUUUUCACUUCUUCACGUGCUUCUGACUCCUACUGGACGCCUUACCAAAACAAGCUAUUUGAGAAAGCACUAGCAAUAUAUGACAAGGACACCCCUGACCGGUGGCAAAAAGUGGCGGCUGCUGUGGGGGAGAAAUCGGCCGAGGAAGUAAGAAGGCACUAUGAGGUCCUAGUGGAAGAUCUCAUGUAUAUUGAAUCUGGUAAAAUACCUAUACCCAAUUACAAAAGCACUACUGGGAGUUACAGAAGAUGAAUUGCUGGUGAGCUAAGAUCAUAUGCAGAUGGUCCUAGAAAUAAUUCAAAGAGCUUGGAACCCAAUAUCAUAAAAUAAAUAAGUUCGUCGGUGCUUGUCUUUUUCAUAUGUCUGACCUAUACCAGUUUGUAACCAAAAAUUUCAUAUUCCUCUGAAACCCUUCAUUAAUAUUCCCUAGAAUUACUCUUAGUCUUAAAAAUAAAUAAUUUUCCAUAUAAACUAACAUAGAUAACCAUUUGCAAA